UACGAUACUAGUUGAUGCAUUAGGCAAAAAUUAAUAUAUGAGAGAGAGAGAGAGAGAGAGAGUACCAGGACUACUGCGUUUGAGAUUCGAGAACUGGAGAAGCUGGGGAGACACUUUGGACGCAGAGCAGCGGUGUUUGUGUUCCUGAUAUUUUAGACGCCCUUUACGUUGGAAACGACACCGUUUGAAACGGGACGCCAUUUCAAACUUCAUCUUUCGGCCGAGACGAACAUCUUGCCCUUUUGGGCCGAAACGCCAAGACCUCUAAUCACCGUCGAAGUUUAUCGAUUCCUAUAAUCGCUUCUCCUGGUCUGUUAAUCGUACGGCUGACAGCUUGCCUCGCAAGGAAUCUCCCAUGUAGUCGCUCCCACGGGACUUCUCUGACUACCCAAUAUAUAAAUUGUGACACUGCCUUCUCGGCCUCCAUAAACCCUUCGAUCUAGGCAAAACCCUAGCUCCAAAAAUCCCAAUCCCUCUCUCCCUCAGUUCUUGUCAAUGGCACCGAGCCGUGUGACGGAGCAGGAAAAACUGGUUGAUUCUUCUUCAGAGGAUGAAGAAUCUCAAGAAGAAAACGAAGAGGAAUUGGAAGAAGAAGAAGAAGAAGAAGAGGGAGAGUCCGAAGAAGAAUCUGAAGGAGAAGACGCCGCUCCAGCCCCAACUCCACCUCCGAAGGCUUCUCUAGAUAAACAAUCUUACUCCAAGAAGCCAAGCUCUGUUCCAGUUGCUCAAAAACCGUCUUCGUCUUCUGAAUCCGACUCAGAGUCCGGCUCUGAGUCCGAUUCGGAGCCCGAGCCUUCGCCGGAGAAACCUCGCCGUUCGUCCGUCACUGUGGAUUCCGAUGUAAAGCCUUUGGCUUCAAAGCCCAUGGACAACAAAGAAAAAGAGACCACGAGGACGACGAAGCCCAGAUCGAGGCCUGUGGCAUCGGACACUACGCCAAAGCGUAGCGCUUCUGCUAAGCGGCCGAUCGAGAGCGCUAUCGAUGCCAAGGGCCCGAAAAGGACGAGGAAGAAGAUUACUGAUGAAAAUGCAGAGGAAGACACAGGGAAGAGGUCGAGGGUUCUGUGGAGCGGAGAGAAUGAACAUGCUCUCUUGAAGGGGACGAGUGAGUACAUAACGAAGAAAGGGGUAGAUCCCUCCUCCGACAUGAACGCUUUCCAUGAUUUCAUGAAGAAAUUUCUUCAACCCAAUGUCACGAAGAUUCAAUUGGGCGACAAGCUUCGCAAUUUGAAGAAGAAGUACGAGAGCAAUGCAGGGAAGGGGAAAAGAGGGGAGGACGUCGCCUUCUCAAAACCCCAUGAACAGAAGACCUAUGAAUUGUCAAAGAAGAUAUGGGGAGGUGGGGGUGAAAGUGUCAAUGGAGCCGAGCAGAGUGUGGUCGAUGGUAAGAGGCAGAACUCGAAGUCAUUGGUUUCGCUGUUGAGUGAUCCAAGAGAAGCUAGCAAGACGGGUGAUGAGGACGAUUCAGUAUCGGCCCCAAGCUUGACCGAGUAUCUUACUUUCGCCAAGAAAGAGGGUAUGAACUUACAAGAAGCUGCUAUGGAGAAGCUAGUGGGGCUGUUGGGGAGUGGGAAGUUGGCAGAGUUGGAUGAGAAGUGGAAGAAAUUGCAGGUGGCUGAGAUGGAGGUCUUCUUGAUGAAAUUGGACUUGGUCAAGGAGCAGACAACGGCGAUAAUACAGGCCUUAAAGACAUCAAAGUAGGGUUCCGGUGAGGCUAUCCAUAGCUGAUCUGCUUAAAAUGGAGAAGGAAAAUUUUUGGGAAGAUUAUCUUUUAUGGAUUUUAUGGAUAUUAGUAUUGCCUUUCAUCUUUUUUUACCCUUUAUAUUAUGUUAUUUUGCCUGUAGUAUGAAUCCAUGGAUGGACUCUUAUUGCUUUUGAAGAAUUGGGUUAGUUGAGGCUCUAAUUCAAAGUCGUGCUGCUUAAUCCUAUAUGAAUUUUUUUUUUCUCA